CGUUUGAUGUGGGAAAUGGGGGUUCCUGGUUAACGAGCUCUUGGCUAUUCAGCAAUUCAAUACAGCUCUUCGAACAGCAAGAAAAAUACAGACCACGAUGGCCAAAUUCACUAUUGCUGUGAUUCUCGUUUCUUUCACUGCCGUUGCAAUGGCCAAUGGAUACAAUGGGAAACCCUAUGAGCAGCCUGCACCUUACGGAUCUUCUUAUGCUCCCGAGAAGAAACAUUACGAGACUCCAUCGUACAACAUAAAAGCCCCAGCUUACAGCAUGAAGGCGUACAAUCCACCUCAACCCUCGUACCAAAUGAAAGCCAAGGCAUACAACCCUCAACCAUCUUACGUGCAGUCUAAACGAUACGACAACAAGUAUGAGAAACCCAAAUCUGACGGAAGCUACUCAGCUUAUUGAAAGUCAUCUAUAUCCGCCAGCCAGAAAGUCGAACGGUUUUAAAACUCUUC